UUCUGUGAACCUCCUGGAGGUAGAUCACAUCAGGAGACAGGAUGCAAGAAACAGGGUCAUUUUGACGCACAUUCCCUGGAACGCAGAAGGAAUAAGUGCUGCCAUGAUAAUCACUCCCAAAUGGGAUUAAUAAAGCAUUUUAUCUUACCAUCAGAAGCUUCACAGACUCGCUCCUUAACCUAAUUCCACAACUUCAUGCUUUCUUCACCGGACUUAAGUGGAGUUCUCUGGAGUGAGAGGCAUCCAUGCACAUUCACUGAGCAGCAUGUUCCAUGAGGAGUACCAUGAGGAGAUGGACAGUGAGUAACAGUGUGUCUGCAUGCUGGUCGGUGUGUGUCAUCUAUCUUCUCGCCGUCUCCGUGAUCUUCGCGUCCAGCGUCACCUGUCGCAGCGCAUGUUCCGUGCAGCGGGCGCUCAGGGUCUCCAACUCCUCAUCCGCCCUCACCUCCACUUCUGGACGGCAUGUGCGCAGCUACGUGCACCUCCAGGGGGACGUGCGCCAGCGGAAACUCUUCUCCUUCCAGAAGUUCUUCCUUAGGAUUGGGAAAGACGGGAAAGUCAACGGCACCAAGAGCAAAGACGAUCCCUACAGUAUUCUGGAGAUCACCUCAGUGGAUGUUGGGAUCGUUGCCAUCAGAGGUAUUGGCAGUAACCUUUACCUGGCUAUCAAUAAGAAGGGAGAACUUUAUGGAGCGAGAAACUAUGAUAUAAACUGCCGUCUGAAGGAGCGCAUCGAGGAGAACGGGUAUAACACAUAUGCAUCUGCCGAAUGGAAGAACAAUAACCGGCAGAUGUUUGUAGGUCUGAGCGCUCGUGGAAGGCCUCUGCGUGGGAGAAAAAACCGCAGGAAGAACACAGCUACACACUUCUUACCCAUAUUGGUGUGACUUUUGUUCAUAAUGCUGAUGGGAUGGAGAGAGAUCGGUGAUAAAGACUUUGUCCACAUGCGACUCUCCUUUGGGAUGGUUCAGUGUUUGCUCUUUGGUUCUUGGCACUAGAUGAAAUUUUAUCUUUAUGCCAUUUGAUAUUAAAUGGUAAACAUUCAUCAGUGCAGGCUUUCAUUUCCAUUGUGCAUCAUUCCGGUAAUCUAAAAUUAUGGAUUAUGUGUGCAAGAGUUUUCUCUUUCAUAGGAAGAUGUGUCUAAGAAAGUCUGCUUUCAUUACUUUCUAAUGGACAUGAACAUCUUGUAGGACUGGCUCUGAGGCUGCAUGCAUCGCAUGGAGAAAGAGAUAAUGGGGAUGUAUAUGGGAAAUUUGUAUCUUCUGAAAACUGUUUUGGACUGCUUUGAAGUAAAUAAAUUAUUUAUUUGUAUUGUAUUUAAAUAAAAUACUCUAAAAAACAUAUUAAAAGCAUAUAAAAUGGAUAACCUCUAAU